UCCCCCACGCACCGGGCCCCCGCGCCGGCGCUCUCCCCGCCGCCUGGACGCGCGCCGGCCUUCCGCCGCCGCAGGUGGAGCCUCUCUCUCUCUUUCCGUCUCCGCCCCGCGCCGCCGCCAACUAGGUCUAGUAACCUAGUUUUUCCCUUUUUCUCCCCCAAUUCUCAGCUAGCUAACUGAGAAGAUGAACACUUGUUCGGUCGCCGCUGGUCCCGCCGCGGCUUGGGCUUGUAGCAGUGUCAAUACUUGCGCCAGGAAUUCCUACCCUGUUGAAUUGGAGCCGGAGCCGGUAAAAGAGAGAGAGAAAGGCUAUGUCGACUUGUUGGUGGAUGCAUCUCUUCUGUUGGUCAGCAAUGAUUUCCCUCCUGAGGUCCAGCGUCAUGGUGCUAGGAUGCUUCAGCAUCUUCUAAAAUUCAGGCGUGAGGAAUUGAGCAGUUUUGAUUGCAGUAGUUUGAUCCAUCAAGAUGACACUGAUAGUACUAACAUGUCAAAUAAAUUCGAUGAUAUAAUUCACCCAAGAAUGCGGUGCAACAAUGGUGCAGUACCUUGCCAUCAAGUUAAGGGCUGUCUACUUCUUGCAGAAUAUAAUAUUUUAUGUGAAGCAUUUGAUGUUGUAACAUCCUGUUUAAGGUCUGAACAGUAUAAGGGGGUACUUCACUAUCUUCUUAAGCCCCUCAACAAAAUAUGGGUCCAAUCAGAGUGGAGAAGUACAUUUCUGCACUCUGCAUUUGGCCUAACCUGUCUAUUCUCUGAUCAUUUCUUGGAGAUGGUUUAUAAAGUUGUGAAGUUCUGCGAAAAUGAUCUCCGACAAAGCACAUUGGAGUCUAUUGAGAUGCAAUUCUGCGAUCUUCAUUCUCUUUUAAGAUUGAUGCUUCCCUUUCUAUUGCAGUUGCUCCAAUGCAUACAUUCUCUUUGGAGAGGACAAAUCUCUGGCAGUCUUCCUGAUCAACUUGAAAGUGCUAAAAGCAAGAUGAGUGAUGAAGAUGUCCAACAAAACAAGACAAGAAAAUUGUUGGAGGAAAUCCGACUGAGUGGGUACAACAUCAUUGGUCUAUCUUUAUCUAUUCAAGGGGCAUUUUCUGAUCUAUUGGAUAUUUCAUCUUUCAAUGAUGCUAUCUUUGAAGAUUUAGGGUCAAUGGAGUUUAGGCAUUUAAGCAAACUUAUCAAUCUUGUUUUCGUUCCUUUGGUAACAUAUUGUCCUUCCAAAUUCUGGAAGAAGUGGAUGUUGAACCUACUACGACCCUUACUUGAUCACUGUGAGGAUUUACUUUACUUUGCGUGGUUCAGCCUUAUGCACCAUGGCCGAGCUAAAGUUCCUUAUUACUUCGGGAAACUCUCUGGGCCAACAGAAAACAUUGAGAAGUUUGAAGAUACUCAACUUCUUGAGUUCACCCGUGAAGUGUCUCAUUUGCUGGGAGUUUUAUCGUCUCCAGAAUCAAACAAUGGGCUUUUACAUUAUCUUUUAACCCAUGAUUGUCUUGGGAGUUCAAGGAUGAGCUUGUUUGGGUAUUGGGUGGAUGAUGAAGCAACUACAAGUGCUAUUUCCUUUUGCCUUGCUAUGGUCCGACUUGCAGGCAGUACCGACAAUGAGAGGUGCAAGCUGUUUGUUGCAGAUGAAUUGCUUCCAUCUAUAAUUCGGCGCUUAGAUGAUCAACUACCAUGUGCAAUGAGAAACCUAAUUUUCAAGUUCAACUCCAGUACAAAUGAUACUGUUGAUAAGGAUCUUAUUGUUCUCUGUGAAGAAAUAUACAUCUAUAUUUCCAGCAAUUUGUACCCACAAAGCCAGGACCUGAUGGGGGGAGAGAAAGGCAAUGCUUAUGUUGAAAAUAACUUUACAUGUUGGUUGGCAAAGCAAAAGGAAGAUCUCCGUGCAAAGGCAUUCUGUUCUGCUCCAAUGGAGUUUAAUGGGGAGUGGAACUGGGAGUUUGAAGAUGAAUUCCAAAGGUAUCUUCCAGUUUAUUUUAACAUGUUGCAAGAAGUUGAUGCCAUGGACGACAGUGCAGAGGGUGAUUGUUCGGGCAUGAAUGCUCUCCUUCAGAAAUUGAAUCCUCAAUUCCGAUCCAAGUAUGCCAUUUACAGCAGUGAGCACCCUUAUUUGAGGGAGAUCUCACGUAUGCAGAAGCGGAAAUUUUGUUCAAUGAAUCAAGUCAGACAUUACAAAAAAAUGUACGAUCUUCUUGGCAAACUCAUCACUCUCAAACCAUAUAUCAAGGGUUCUGACCGUUCUUAUAGUGUAAUUGAACGUCUUGAAGAAAACUUGGAGAUACAAUCCACUUUUGAUGCUUAUGAAGUGGAUCAGUCGGUUGGUGUCCUACUUUGUCAUGUGCUGUAUUUCUGGGAGCCUCGAUUUCAUCCUCUGAUACGAGAAGAACACAAGGACUUGCUUUUGCAGAUAGUUGGUCAAUUAACCAAUGCAAAAGAAAACAAGCAGUUUCAGCCACUGACACCAGACCCUGGAGACUUUGCGCCACAUUUGAAGCCUUAUGCACGUUUCUACAUUCAGACUAAGCUGAAGAUGUCCAUGUAUGCUAGGGCUGCAAUGCAAAUCCAUUUGCACGAGGAUUAUGACAACUAUCUAGCUUCUGGUCAACUGGAUAGCCAUAUCUACUCACAUGUCUCAGAGGAUUUUUCUGAUGAAGAUGUUGAAAAUAAUGCAGUGCCACAGAAAUUCUCAGUUUUGGACCAUGAUCUUAUCCAUUUAUCUCUCAAGCGAAGAGCUCAGAUUGUGGAUAUGCAUAAUCAAGUAUGCACAUACUCGAAGUGUCUAAGAGACCUCCUUGAAAAUGAGUCGCUUAAAGAUCGUCUGAUGAGUUUGAUGAGUGAGCUCAAUGCUGAAGGUUUUUUUGACAUCGACAGUAACUCUGUCAAUUGGGACAAUGAGUGUUUCUCAAAGCUUGUAGAAAAAUUCAAAAAUGAAGUUUUCACAGGACAUUCCCUUCCCAGGCGUUACACUAUUCAAGGAAUUAUUGAUUAUUGGGCAAUCUUACAAGAGAAGGAUAACACUUGGCAAACCUUUGAAAAGGUUGUUACUGGAACUUCCACUAAAUUGAUUGCAUAUCUUCCACAGUUUUGGAGGGAUACACGAUAUUAUAAACAUGAGUACUAUGACAUCGUCAGGGAACCCUUAAAAAAGAUCUUUGUGUAGGGACGGGUCAGGGGAAUCUGUGCCGAGAGGGUGCCACUAUUGUUGAUGGGGUUAGCAUACUGUGUUUUUCUAUUGGCAGAUAUCAUGUUUCUAAUCAAAGUUCUCCUAAUCUGGUGCCAUCAUCUUUACUGAUCUCCUGGAUGAAGCAGAUGCCACUUACUGUAGAACUAACAUGACCAGAAAGACGCUGUGCUAGUGCAGCACAUUGCAACGAAUGUUUUAUCAUGUACAGCGCACCAUCGCCAUUUUUCGCCGUCAGCUACUGAACUGGAGAUAUAAGUUGGACUGUAAUUUUAUACUCUCUCUAUUCUAAAAUAUAGCAAUAUAUACAUAUGUCUAGAUUUAUUA